AUAAUGUCAGUAAAGGCUAUAUCACUAAUCUUGUUGUGGUGUAACCAAAUCAAAAGAGAUGCUCCACAUAACUCUGCUUUCACUUUUAUAUGGCAAUUCUUCUAGAGGACUACUAGCUCUUCACUUUCUUGCUCAGAGAUGGGAGCAGAAAUUUCUCUUGCAACAUAUGAAGCAUUAGUUUCUGUUGUCAGAGUUCUUGCUUCAACAUACUUUCCUCAUUUCUUUAAUCUCGUUAAGGAAAAUAAGCAAUUGUGUUCAGAGACAGAAGGAAGGCCUCAGUUAGAUUAUAUGUGUGCAUCUUUCAUUCAAAAUAUCAAUGUUCUCCUAGGGUCAGGAGUUUUGACAAGAACUCGAAGGGCUGUUUUGUUGGAUAUAAAGGUAUUGGUUAUGACACCCCAGGUUCUUUUGAAUGCCUUAAGAAAAGCAUUCCUGCGUAUAGAAAUGAUAAGCCUGAUAAUUAUUGAUGAAUGUCAUAGAGCUAUUGGCAACCAUCCCUAUACACAAAUAAUAAAGGAAUUUUAUCACCAAGCUGACGAAAAGCCAAAAAAUUUUGCGAUGACAGCAUCACCGGUAGGAGAAAAAGGCUGGACAAAGCCAAUAUGCAUUGGAAGACAUGCUUUUGGAGACCAAGGCGUGUGGCAGCUAUGGCCCACUCAUGGUAUAGUAGGCUGCACCCAACCAAGGCGUGUGGCAGCUAUGAGUGUUGCCAAGAGAGUCAGCGAGGAGAUGGAUACAGAGUUGGGUGAUGAAGUUGGCUAUGCUAUACGUUUUGGGGGGUUUGCUCUUAAUUUUAUAGUUUCUUUUAAAUGAUUGAAAUCUUUAAUGUGAUAAAUUAAAACUGAUAAUUUGUUUGUGUAAUUUUUGUUAUUGUAAUUUGGUGGCCAAAUUAAUCUUGAUUGACAAUAUUUGUCCAUUAUAUAUAGAAAAAAAAGAAUCCAAAAACAA